CUUCCCUCCGUUCCCAAUUUCGUCGUUCUCCUUCGCCACCGCCAUGUCUUCCAGCCUCCUCCUUCUCCUCUUUCUCCACCUCCCUUUCCUCCCCUCCUCCUCCCUCUCCACGGCGGAGGAAGCCCAAACGCCGGCCUCGACGUUCAACAGUUCCACCAUCUACGACAUCCUCCAGGAGUACAGCCUCCCGGUGGGAAUCUUCCCCGACACCGUCAAGUCCUUCUCCGUAUCCUCCAACGGAUACUUCGUCGUCGAACUCUACGGCGAGUGCUACGUCGAUUUGGAGUACGUGGUCUUCUACGCCCCGCGCGUGUCCGGCUUCCUCGGCUACGGCUCCGUCUCCAACCUCGAGGGAGUCCAGAUCCGGAACUACCUCGUUUGGUACGACGUCAGCUCCAUCAAGGUCAACCUCCCCUACUCCGAUUUCGUCUACAUCCAGUUCGGCUGGGUCACUCGCAAGCUCGGCAUCGAGCAGUUCAAGCACAUACACUCUUGCAGAGAGGGUGUCUCUCUAUUUCAGCGAGCCAUAAAAGUUGUCCGCUCAGCGUUCGAGAGUAUUUUUGUACCUCAACUGUGACCGAGUAAUAUAAAAGAGAGAACCUUCAUGUAAAUAAAUGAUUCCUGAAGCUCCUAGAACUCAUUUGAGAGUAGCCAAUAUCAAUUAUCAUGCCCGUCAAGGAAUCAUUCUAGUCCCCGAAAUAAUGGUAUGUGAAUGUUGAUUUACUCUAUCUCUAUCUCCAGUUGGAUCACUAGAAACACUUGGAGCCUGUGUUAAUUUUAUAGAAUGUGUUACUAGGCAUCUCCCUAUGGUAAACAGAGUAAGACUGUAAAUUCUGGGAUGUUUCGAUUAGAUUUCUGUGUCUGGGAUUGAAGGAUGUUUAAGAUAAUAGUUGAUCUAUUGGUUGUGAUGUUAUGUUGGAUGUUAGUUUAAUUAAAUUUGGUUCUUUGAUAAUUAAA